UUUGUUUUGCUGCUCCAGCUCCUCCUGAUAUCAACACAGACGGAGGAAGGAAGCUACGACACCAAACCAUCUCUGAACCAGCGUCGCUGACUUUGUAUUUUCAGAAUCAGCUGGCAGCACAGAACCCUCGGAGAGUUUUAUAACCCGUUUUUAUCUUUAGCUGUGUGUCUGGAGACAGCCGCUACCUCCGUUUCCACCACAUACUGAUAUACUGCCAACUGGCUGACUUUGACGCAAUAUGCCUUCAGAAAAAACCUUCAAACAAAGAAGGACAUUCGAACAGAGAGUAGAAGAUGUCAGACUGAUCCGAGAGCAGCACCCCAACAAGAUACCAGUGAUCAUUGAGAGGUAUAAAGGAGAAAAGCAGCUCCCCAUCCUGGACAAGACCAAGUUCCUGGUACCAGACCACGUCAACAUGAGUGAACUCAUCAAGAUCAUCAGGAGGCGCCUCCAGCUGAACUCUAACCAGGCUUUCUUCCUGCUGGCUAACGGCCACAGCAUGGUCUCUGUGUCGGCUGCCAUCUCUGAGGUCUAUGAGCGGGAGCGGGACCAAGAUGGCUUCCUCUACAUGGUGUACGCCUCCCAGGAGACCUUCGGCACUAACCUGACCGCCCAGUGAACGGCCUUCUUCUUCUUCUUCUUCUUCCACCCGACAGGCGAUUGGACAAUUGUAGUUUUAUCCCCCUCCAUGUUUAAUGCCACACACCUUUAGUCUUGACUGUAAGAACUAAAACACAAACUGCUAAAUCUAAACCCAGCGUGCUACUAUUUGGUUCAGGUUGUGAUGAGCGAGCAGACUGUUUGUGUACCACCGCACUCACUCAGUAGCAUAAAGACACGAGCGGUAACCACAACUGCAGAGUUUAAAGAAGAGAAACCCCCAGAUCUGACUUUGACUCAGGCCAAUGGAGUCUUUUAGCGUGUCUGCUUCUUUAUUGUCCUCUCUGGUGAGUCUGUAACGGCAGUUAUUUUCAGUGUUGUGGUUACGUGUCUCCUCGGCUGUAUUUAUGUUAAUGUAUAUAUACAUUUCAGGUAGUGAUAUGACGUAAAAAAAGUGGUGAGGCUCCACCACUUCUCUUUAUAUACAUUAGCCAAUGAACAAAGCCAGCCUUAAUGUUACUAUUUUUGGAGACGGCGCUAGAUAAAGUCUGGGUUCACGUAGCUUUUAAUGGAGCUUUUUAUUGCAGUUAACAGAUGAAAGCUGGAGAUUUGUACUUGAGUACUUUUGCUGGAAAGAAAUGCUAAAUGAAGUAGAGAAGGUGGUCGUUAAUCUCUGCUGCGUGUCUCGUCACAUUCCCUCAGUGGUCCUUCUUUGGUGUUUUUAUCCCUCCCUGCCUUGUAUCCUAAAGCAUCUUCACUGUAACACACAUACACUACUGGUCAAAAGUUUUAGAACACUCCAACUUUUCCAGAAUUUAAUUGAAAAUGAUGCAGUUUCAUGUCUCAGUGUACUCUGAAAUUAAUGCAUAUAACAAAUAAACAAUUGAAGUUAAA